CAAGUGGCUACGACGGAAGACACCGCAGCCUGGGAGCUCCAUGGACGCCGCCAUUCAGUACUUCUUGGGCCGAGACAAGGAGCGGUCGGCGGAGGCGGCUGCUACACCCCCUCCGCCCGCCAGCAGCAGCACCAGCAGCGGCCCCAGCACCACCACCAGCCAGGCCGCUGCUUCAACCGUGCUGCCGCCCCGCAAGCCGACCGCUCCCAAUUUCUCGGCCCUUGUGCGCGGGCGUCCGAUGGGCCCCAGGGAGCUGCAGGCCCAGAUCAGGAGACUGAUGAGCCCACCAGCACGGCCUGCAGCUCCAGCGGUGUCUUCCGUCAGAGACCAGCGCCCCUCGGUUCCGCCGCCCCCCACCACAGAGGUGACGGACGAGGAGCUGGUCCGGAUGGUCACUGAUGUAGAAAUGGGUAACUGGCACCACACCGGACGUGUCGCACUGUAACAUUGGCCUUGGAUAUCUAUUCUUGAGUCAGUAUGUUUGUAUUAACUGUAACUUUUUAAUUUGCUGGUCGCUAAAGCUGAUGCCUGAAGGAUAAAGGUAGGUUUAUCAGGUGAUGUAGCCGUCUUUGUAGGUGGUAGACGCGCCGUCCUCUCUCACGUGGUGGUAAUGUGGAUUUGAUUAAACUCCCAGUCUAGCAAACCUCGCCUUGUAACUAACAGUCGCCUUGUAGCACUAAACCAUUUUAUCUAAUCAACAGCAUGCUGCACGUCAUGAAUGCUCAGACUCACUUAGUCUCGCUUGCCCGUGUGUUGCCCCGUCACUCUCAUUGUGCUGAUGCCAUUUGGUUGUGCGUGACCGUGUCUGAAGCUGGCGUACAGGUCCUUCAGGCCCUCCCGCUCCCGCUGGUGACGCCUCCGACUCCACCUCC